AUGGCCCUCAUCACCCAGCAUCGCUUUGCCAAAUCUGGCUUGCCAUGGCUCCGAGGCUGGGUCCGAAGCUGGGUCCAGUGCAACGGAACAUUCCAGAUUGGCCUGCCGGGCUGCAUGGCGAGCGACCACGACGCUAUUCGUUGGACGGAGAGACGGCGAGCCCUGCUUGCCCCCCCUGCGCUGUCAGCCAUCCUUUUCUUCCCCACGCCCUCGCCCACGCCCACGCCCACGCACUCGCCCAAACCCAUGGCCCACAACGCCGCUGUACCAGGCCCUAACAGCGAGGCGCUAUACCACGGAGGAAUGGCGCAGCAAUGGAGCCUCUCUACCCCGGUGCGCGCUCCAUCAUACCUGGCGGCGGCAUCAUACCUAGCCAUCGUACCUCGCCCGGCCAGGCUGCCAGCUGCCCAGGCCGAUCCAGCUGUCCUGGUUCGGCAGGACAUGGUCGGCGCCUUGGAAUAG